GAAGCCGCCGCGCACCCAGCCUGCUCUGCACUCAGCGAGACGUAGCGCAUGCGCUCUCAGAACGCCCGGAUUUCCUGUCCGCGGUCAUCGCUUCCGGCGGGGAAGGUCUGAGGCGGGACUUAGGUCUCGCAAGUUCCUUGGGAGUUGUUUUCCAAGCGGCGGGGAAGGCCCCGAGUGAGGCAGGGUUGGCUGGCGCUUGCUGGGGCUUAUGGCUGCCUCCGGGAAGCUCAGCACUUUCCGUCUCCCGCCAUUGCCCUCGAUUCGAGAAAUCAUUAAGUUGUUCAGACUGCAAGCAGCGAAGCAGCUAUCACAGAAUUUCCUCCUGGACUUGAGGCUGACAGAUAAAAUUGUAAGGAAAGCCGGCAAUCUGACAGAUGCUUAUGUUUACGAAGUCGGCCCUGGGCCAGGGGGUAUCACAAGAUCCAUUCUCAAUGCCAGUGUUGCUGAACUUCUGGUGGUUGAAAAGGACACUCGAUUUAUUCCUGGAUUGCAGAUGCUUUCUGAUGCAGCACCUGGGAAGCUGAGAAUUGUUCAUGGAGAUGUAUUGACAUUUAAAGUAGAAAAGGCUUUUCCAGAAAGUCUUAAAAGACCCUGGGAAGAUGAUCCUCCAAAUGUACAUAUUAUUGGAAAUCUGCCUUUUAGUGUUUCAACUCCACUGAUUAUCAAGUGGCUUGAAAGCAUGUCUUGUAGAGAUGGACCUUUCGUUUAUGGCAGAACUCAGAUGACUUUGACUUUUCAAAAGGAAGUGGCAGAGAGACUUGCAGCCACUACAGGAAGCAAACAGCGUAGUCGCCUCUCUGUUAUGGCUCAGUACCUCUGCAAUGUUCGACACAUCUUUACUAUUCCAGGACGAGCUUUUGUCCCCAAACCAGAGGUAGACGUGGGUGUGGUGCACUUCACUCCCUUAAUACACCCCAAGAUACAGCAGCCGUUCAAGCUGGUGGAAAAAGUUGUCCAGAAUGUAUUUCAGUUCCGAAGGAAAUACUGCCAUCGAGGGCUCGGAAUGUUAUUCCCUGAAGCGCAGCGCUUGGAAAGCACGGGCAGGCUGUUAGAGCUGGCAGACGUGGACCCCACUCUUCGGCCCCGCCAGCUCUCCAUCCCACAAUUUAAGAGCCUCUGUGAUGUAUACAGAAGAAUGUGUGAUGAAGACCCACACCUCUUUGCAUAUAAUUUCAGAGAAGAACUCAAGCAAAGAAAAAGCGAAAAGAAAGAAGAAGAUAAUGAGAGUCACAGACUCUAGCCACCGCCUGGGGGUGAGCAGCCUACAGGAUGUCAGUUUUCACCACAUGGAGCUUCUUAUAUAUGGGUACUUUUUUGUCUUUACAGAAUGACAAUAAAAAUGCCAGUGACCAGAGGUGACUUACUUUCCUUUUACUAUACAGCUUGGCAGAGAAAAUAAAUAUCAUCAAAUAAGGUACA